GUCGCCAACCACAGCAAGUUGAAGCAAGGUUACUCCUGCAGACUGCGAGAUCUCACUCGACUCUGGAGAUCGCCGAUGUACCAUGGCACGCGGAUACUCCGGGCGAGACUUUGCGGUUGUCUUCUUGCUGUUUACAGUCAGUGUUCCUCAUCUUGAUGCAGCAAGCCAGGGUGUGGACCAGGAACUGUCUGAGAUCCUAAAUGAGCUGUGGAAGUUAGAUGUUAACCGCCUGAAGCCUGGGACUGAUUACACUAUCUCUAUACAGGGAAAAGCUGGCUAUGUCUCCCAGGGCAGUAACAGUGCCAGGGACCAUGCCCAUUCUCCACUCUUUUCGUAUGUCAACGAGGACAGACUGAAGAACCUGAAGACCUACAAUCACUUCAUGAAGUUGCUGGACAACUAUGAGACGUCCACUGGCGUGUCAGAGCUGGUUACCCCAGAGGAGCAGGCAGAGAAUUACCGCUUCCUGGACUCUAUCCUGGAGACAGAGGUCAUGAAGCGUGCUCACAGGUACCUGGUCAGCAAGGGGAAGUCGCGGUCAGACAUGCGUCUUUUUAAGAACCAGCUCUACGACAUCUGGUUCCGCCUCUACCACCGAGACAGGAGUGGAGGUGAGGACUCCUGUGGGUUUGAGCAUGUCUUUGUCGGUGAAACAAAGUACGGUACAGAGAUCCUGGGCUUCCACAACUGGGUCCAGUUCUACCUGCAGGAGAAACAGAACCACCUGGACUACAAGGGCUACAAAGCCAGGGAUGCGCCUAGUGGCAAUGACCACGUCCUGAACGUUCAGUUCAGCUGGAACGGCUUGGUCAAGCCCGUGGGCAGCUGCUUUAUCGGUGUGAGUCCCGAGUUCGAGGUAGCCCUCUUCACCAUCGUCUUCCUCAAGUCCACGGAGAGGACGACCCACGCUGUGGCGAAUGUGGACAAGUACCAGCUGGAGUUGGUAGUGUACCGCCACGGCCGGUCCAUUGGGACUUCCUACCCAAAACUCCUUCUCAGCAACAGCAAGAAUGUGUAAAGGCCUCCAGUCAUUGAUCCUGGACCAGUUUCAGCAUUUUAGACCAUGUUGUUGGGGUCACUGAUCCGUUGCAUUACAGGUUUGUUAUUGAUCUUCAUUCACUUCCAUGGGUGUGAGAAACACCACUAUACCACUGAGAAACACCGCUAUACUACAUCAAGGAACAAGUGUUGACUACAUUACAAUACAUUACAUUACAUGCAUUUAGCAGACACUCUUAUCCAGAGGACUUCCAGCACAA